GGUCAAGCGGUUUCGUCUGAUCAAGAAAACACGCUAUCAACGGACGCGUUGAAAUUAUACGCCAGUCAUUAUGUUGAGAGGCGCGCUGAUCGUACACUCGCUAAACGCCUACAGCCAAACCGCCCUAACCCUUAGGCCUUGAAUCUCACGCGCAUCGAAGAUCUCGAAGCCAGUCUACUUUUCACAACAACAUUCGCCCGGAACGCGAAGGAGACGCCGAAACACGGCCCACAUUUUCUGUCGAAGUAUUUAUACAGGUAGCAGCUAGCAGUCAAACUUGUUUUGAGGCUCACUGAUAAAAGUGCUGCGGCAGCGUUCACGCAGCGAUGGAAGUUCGCGUCAUUUCGAGAGUGCUGCUCGUCGCCCUGUUGGACCACUGCUUGUCGGCAAGUGCAGAUGUAUCGGCAUGCCUGGAUGCUCGAAACCACAAGAACGAGCCCGGCCCGGAAUCGAGCCUUUACGGUCACUGCACGCCAUGGAAGGACCGCGCAUGUUGCACAGAGCAGACGACGCACGACGUGCACCACAAGGACAUGUACAGCAUGUCGCUGGACUUCUGCGAAGAGCAGACCGGCCGCAAAAUGUCCCCCGCCUGCCGGGAGCACUUCCACAAGGACCUCUGCUUCUACGAGUGCGAACCCAACAUCGGGCCCUGGAUCGUCAAGGUGAACCGCAAGAUAGGCAAGGAGCGCUUCUUCGAGGUGCCGCUGUGCUACAGUGACUGCCUCGCCUGGUGGAACGACUGCAGGAACGAUUACGCCUGCACCCCGAACUGGCCGAGGGGAUUCGUGUUUUACGGAGGGAGCAACCAUUGCCCCAAGGCAGCGACGUGCGUCACCUUCGAGAAGAUGUACUCGGGCCCGGCCGACUUCUGCAGCAAGGUUUGGGACCACUCGUGGAAAGUGGUGCCGGAUGACACGCCCUGCAUGCACAUGUGGUUCAACGACACCAACGGCGGGAACCCCAACAGAGCCACUGCCGAGUACUACUACCGACUGCCGAAGCCGACCGAGUACCCCAGGUCUGCCGCCCACGUCGUGUCCUCAGCGGCCGCUCAGUUCUUGCUGCUGGCAACUUCGACAGCUGUCGUCGCACUGAGCGCUGUGUUUCGAAGUUGUUGAGUGAAUGCGGCCCCUCCAUCGCCACUCUGGCACGCGUGUGCGCGCGUCAAGCCUGCAGGACUGGGUCACAAAUUGACGUGCCAAUCAAUCCACGACAUAUGCCCGAAAAACGCCACAGAUGCAGGGCUGAAAACGAGUGAGCAUCAACUAAAGCAGGAGGAUCAUCGAUCGAUGUGCUUAGAAGAGCUUGGGCGGAAAUGCGAAAGGCAUUUCCUGCUGGCACAACGACGCUGACAGUUGAGUAGAAACAAGCGUGGCCUUUUCAUUGAUAGUGUUGUGUGCGGCUAACCAUAUUACCUGUCACUUUUACUGCCUUGGAAUGUUCUUUGCCCUGAAGUUAGUGCAGUUCCAUGUUUUUGCUACUUCUGCGAAGGCAGCUAAUUUUAGGUUCAAUAAAGGUUUUGAACGGCUACUGAAA